AUGGAGGUGGUGAUGCACCUGUUAGUAACAAAGGAGCAGCAGCAGAUGGCCAUGAUACAGCAGCAACAAGAACAACAACAGCAGACUCAGCUGAGCGAGGAGACCAAAUCCAAGGCCAUCGGCUACUUAGUCAGUGGUUAUCAGAGGCGGCUGAAUUACAAGCACCUGGAUGGCUCUUACAGCACAUUUGGGGAGCAUUACAGGCAGCUGGGGAAUACUUGGCUGACAGCCUUCGUCCUCAAGUCCUUCGCGCAGGCCCGCUCUCACAUCUUCAUUGAGGAGAAGCACAUCCAGGAUGCCCUGGCCUGGCUAGCUGGCAAGCAGAAGGAAAAUGGCUGCUUCCGCAGCUCCGGGACGCUCCUGAACAAUGCCAUAAAGGGCGGGGUGGACGAUGAGGUCACGCUCUCUGCCUACAUCACCAUCGCGCUGCUAGAGAUUCCCCUGCCCAUCACUGUACGUAUCCACAUGCACAAAGUCCCCUUCAUGAGUUCCCCUGGAUAUUCGGUAAUAAACAUUUCCUUUUCUCCUCCCUCUCCCUUCUCCCACUGCAAAUGGCUCCGUUCACUGGCAGAGGCCGGGAAGCAGCCAGAGGCUGAUCUCCCGUUCUAUCAUCCCCGUGCUCCCUCCGCCGAGGUGGAGAUGACGUCCUACGUGCUCCUCGCUUACCUCCCCACGCGGCCGGCACCAUCCCAAGAAGACCUAUCAUUAGCAGCUCAAAUUGCAAAGUGGAUCAGCAAGCAGCAGAAUCCCAACGGGGGCUUUUCCUCCACCCAGGACACAGUGGUGGCGCUCCAGGCCCUGUCCCGAUAUGGAGCCUCUACUUACACCAAGAGCGGAGGAGCAUCCACAGUGACCCUGCAAUCCACAGGGAACUUUCAGACCCAGUUCCAGGUGGAUCACACGAACCGUCUGCUGCUCCAGCAUGUGGCACUGCCAGAGGUGCCAGGAGACUACAGCACGGGGGUGACAGGAGAAGGAUGUGUCUAUGUGCAGACCAGCCUGAGGUACAACGUGCUCCCCAAGCCGGAAGAGGCACCAUGCGCGCUGGAGGUGCACACGGUCCCCGAGACAUGUGACAGCCCCCAGGUCCACAGGACUUUUAGCAUUGCCAUAAACAUCAGUUACACAGGGAAACGCCCCGUCUCCAACAUGGUCAUCAUUGAUGUUAAGAUGCUGUCAGGAUUCAUUCCUGUGAAGUCAUCAGUGAGGAAGCUGGAAGGACAUCACCACAUCCACCGCACAGAACUGAGCACCAACCACGUGCUGCUCUACAUGGAGCAGGUGAGCAAUGUGACUCAGAGCUUCUCCUUCGUGGUGGAACAGGACUUCCCCGUGCAGAGCCUGAAGCCGGCGGUGGUGAAAGUCUAUGAUUACUAUGAGACAGAUGAAUUUUCCAUUGCUGAGUACAGCGCCCCCUGCAGCAAAGCCAAUGUUGAGCAGGAAAAUGCGUGAGUGAUGGAGCUGUAUUCUGGGCCCUGCUGAAUCCUCUCUGCUCAUCUCUGCAUGCAGCAAUUCCCCCAGGCGAAGUGGUUUGAUAUAGUGGUGAGGAAAACCCCUCAGCACCAUAUAAUUAAGGUUAUAAAUAAAUUGUCAUGAUUCUGA